AUGACGCAGGCUUCAAUGGGCGUCCAUUCAAUACAACUUCCCCGACACCGCCUGAGGAAUACGGCAGCGAAGCUGCUUCGUACUACACGGGCUCUGACAAUCCAACUGCCAACUACCCAACCAGUCAUACGCGUCGUCUGUAUCUCCGACACCCACAAUCUCCGUCCCUCCCUUCCUCCCGGCGACAUCCUGAUCCACGCCGGCGACCUAUCCGAAUGGGGAUCUUUUGAAGAAAUCCAGACUCAACUCACCUGGCUUUCAAACCAACCUCACGCGCACAAACUCAUCAUAGCCGGGAAUCAUGAUCUUUUAUUCGAUACAGCCUUCUUAGAUGCUCAUCCAAAGUACAAAGACCCCCAAGCUCGCACCAGACAAGACCUCGAUUUCGGCUCCAUAAUAUAUCUCCAAGAUGAAUCCCUCACCCUCUCAUUCCCACCCCAUGAUCGAUCUCUGAGAAUCUACGGCUCGCCCUGGACACCUCAAUACGGCAUCUCUGCAUUCCAAUAUCCGCGUCAAAAGGAUAUUUGGAGUGRGAAGAAAAUUCCACUUGCAACGGAUAUCCUCAUCACGCAUGGUCCACCAGCUAAAUUCCCCCUGGUGAAAGUUUCCGCUGGAUGUCCUCAUCUCCGGGAUGAAGUUGCGAGAAUCAAGCCYCUUUUGAUGGCUUUUGGACAUAUUCAUGUUGCUAGGGGAGAGCACACUGUCGUUUUUGAUUGGGCGCAGGCGAUUUUUGAUGAUAUUGAGGAUGGUUUGCGGGGAUGGGAAGGGGUGGUGCUGCUUUUGUUUGCUGUGCUUUGGGCUUGUAUUGGACGGAUCUUGGGGAGGUCGGUACAGGGUACGAGAAUGGUUAAUGCGGCUGUGGUGGAUGGGAUGAAGAAGGAUGUUGCUUUGGAUGCUUUUGUCGUUGAGGUUUGA